CGGCUGUCUUUGCUAUCUGCAGUUUGCUGUAGACGAUGCAUUCACCCACAUCGAUUCUGAAUGGCACCGGACUCGCUCUCGCCGCUACAGGCGCAUGCCUUAUUCGACAUUUUGACCCACUACGAGGUCUACAAUGAAAUUCAGCGGUACAAAUACCCUGAGGCGAUCAACAACUAUGGCCCCCCAUUCGCCAUAGAACCUGGCAAGAGUUCGGAUUCGCCUGUUCUGCAGACGCUCCUUUUUCGCUUUGUCCUGACCUUGCCCGGACUCAAGGAUAUAAGCGAGGGGUUUUGGCGAAAUCGGAUAGAGUGUCUUGUCAGAAAAUUCGGUGAGGCUGAAUUAUCCGAGAGCUAUGACAAAGGCACCAUAGGCUUGCGGAAGACACUUUCUGCAGCGAUUUCUGUUCUGAUAGAAUAUCCGACCAGAGGUGUCUUUGGUGGCCUGCCUCGGCGAAAGUUGAAGCGUGUGGAACAGGACUAUGAUCUAUCUGACGCGAACGACGUCAAAGACGGUUGGGAAGACUUUUUGCAAGAGUUGGUUUAUGGAAAUAUGGCACAGCACCUUCAAGAGAAGAUAGGCGUUACGGACAGGCUAGAAGACCAAACUCUGAGAGUGCAGGCAGCACAUGAGUAUAUUCUAGUCAACCUCGCGUCAAUUCUGCACUAUAUCAUGAUUUUAUCGCCUGAUGGUCCAUACCUCGUCCGAGUGUUGGAAAACAUACAUCGGUUGGUACCAUACGGUACGAUGCGGCAGACAUUAAGAGUAGGUAAUGCAGCUACUAUGAUCAACGGAAUGGUGAAGCUGUUAUUGACAAAGAUGACGAUCAAUUCCGUAACAAGCUUCUUUGGGCUAACGAACUAUUCUGAUGCUGGAAUGAAUUUAUUGCAGCAGAUUGCUUCUACUGUCAUUGGGUGGGAUAUCAGCGAACUUCAGAAACAGACUGCGAAGGCUGAAAAGGCGAAAGACGCUCCUUCCAAAGCGCACAUGGUUGCUGUCAAGAACCACAUGAAGCAAGCUAGAGAAGUUCGCGAUGAGCGAAGACGAACGAGCGAAAGAGAAUCCAAAUCACUAGUCCAAGCAAUAUUUGACGACGAGAAAAUAAAUGCAAAGCUUAGUGCAGAGCAACACGGCAAAGCUAUGGAUUUUCUUUCAAUACAGUUGUCUAUUCGAGAUCGGCAACAAUUAUCAAAUAUUCUUUGCAACCAGAACCCAGACAUUGUAACGCAAGCGAUCAGGGACAUGGUCGCUGCGUACGAGCCAAUUAUUCGCGAAUGUCACAAUGCGAUCGACUUAAGUAGUACGCUUCUGGAUUUUGAACAUUUCUUGACAGAUUUCAUCAAGCUAUCCAAAGGAAGUGGAGAGAAUACUACUCCGCCCUCUCAGCCCGGGACACCGAAGUUGAUUCCCUCGAGACCUUCGACACCUAAACCCCCGCAGAGAUCUUUGCCUACAGUAGAGGACUACGUCAAGCUUCUUCGCAAAUAUCAAUAUGCAGUGCACAAAUUCUUGCACCAAGCAGUCAAAAAUGACAAGAAACUCGCUGAAAAGUGGGUCAAAUAUGCUCAAGGGGCCUUAUUGCAUUUCAGACGAAAAGAUCCAAGCUCUCUGGAGGAGAGUGAAGGUGGUGCUGGGGAUAUGACGGACGCGCUCAACAAGCUCUUCUGCAAGCUGCCUAAUGAACAGAAAGACCUUGUUGCUCGUACUCUUGAUUCGUACACAGCUUAUACAAUGGCCGUUUCCUCAGUCUCACAGGAUAAAUGGAAUGCUCUCUUUUCCUCGACCGCAAGUUCAUUCCGCAGUCCUGAUGCAGGUCCAGGAGUCUACCUUGUGAAGUGGCAACAACUUCUCGAUAGCACGAAAAUAACUCCCGCUACGGCGUAUGGUCCCGUAAGGACGGGAAAAGACAAGAGUGUUAGGGAAAAAGUGGGCGUUGGGGUUGAAGCGGCAAGAGAUAAAGGUACGGCAGCAGUGAACGGAGUACUAGAGAUGAUGACUUUGCCUGAACCGCCUGACGUUCAGCCCGUGAUCGAUUUGUUAGGUGCAGGGUUCAAGGAGGAGUUGGGAAGUAGAGCAAGGAAAGUCUGGGAAAGAGCUCUGCAUUGAUCAAUCUUGUAAUUUGAAUGAGAUCAUCAAACACUGGCUACUGCUUAUUUGCAUGGUUAUACCCAUUGAUUACCAUGAAAACAUAACACGGUGCGUAGCUGAAGUAUGGGAGCGUCAGUAGCGUUCAUUACGGUCUUCUUGUAGUUGAGUAGCCGGCCAAGUCAAUAUUGACGACGGCGAGAGUCACAUAGUGUUGGAUCUUGACAUAGACUUCAGCGCUAGAGACCAGCAAAUAUUUGUUUGCAGAUUUUUCCUACAUCACAA